GAUAGCCAGAAGUGAAUGGACAUGGAGAGGCCGGCGGCCCGGGAGCUGCAGGGCGCGGAUGCUCUGCGACGCUUCCAGGGGCUGCUGCUGGACCGCCGCGGCCGGCUGCACGGCCAGCUACUGCGUCUGCGCGAGGUGGCCCGGCGCCUAGAGCGCCUACGCCGGCGCUCCCUGGCGGCCAACGUGGCCGGCAGCUCGCUGAGCGCGGCGGGCGCUGUGGCCGCCAUCGUGGGACUCUCGCUCAGCCCCGUCACUCUGGGGGUGUCGCUGCUGGCGUCGGCCGUGGGGCUGGGGGUGGCCACCGCCGGCGGGGCCGUCACCAUCACGUCCGACCUCUCCCUGAUCUUCUGCAACUCUCGGGAGCUGCGGCGCGUGCAGGAGAUCGCGGCCACUUGCCAGGACCAGAUGCGCGAGAUGCUGAGCUGCCUCGACUUCUUCUGCCGUGGGCAGGGCGGCGGAGACCGCCAGCUGCUGCAGUGCGGGAGGAACGCCUCCAUCGCGCUGUACAACUCGGUAUACUUCAUCGUCUUCUUUGGCUCCCGCGGCUUCCUCGUCCCCAGGCGGGCCGAGGGGGCCACCAGGGUUAGCCAGGCGGUGCUAAAGGCCAAGAUUCAGAAACUGGCCGAGAGCCUGGAGUCCUGCACCCGGGCUCUGGACGAGCUGAGCGAGCAGCUGGAGUUCAGAGUCCAGCUCUACACGAAGAGCAGCCGCGGCCACGACCUCAAGAUCUCGGCUGACCGGCCCACGGGGCAGCUUUUCUGAAAACAUCUUUUCCCAUCUAUUGACUGAAGCCAGAAAAUCAUCCCCAUGGGAUGCUCCGUAUUUGUAUCUCCCUCAGGAAAACACGAAGUUGGGCUAGGAGCUGAAUGCAAAGGAUGAGAAAAACUAUUCGAGGAUGGGGAUUGGGGGUGUGUUCUCCCAACUCUCCUUUACCUAUCACUGACAUCCUCCCAGGGGCUGAGUGCUAGGGACUUUUACCUCCCUGAUCCUAGUGGGAUAUAUGACCUGAAAAGUAUUUUAUAUUUUAUCGUAACCGUUCAGUCUUCACACCCUUGGGCACUCCUGAUUUAAAGUUGUCGCAACGUGCCUGUCCCUGCCUCGGCGGGUGAUUUGAGCCGAGGCUGGAGAGCGGUGCAGACAUCCUCACCCUCUGGGUCCUCUUCGAGCCCCACUAGGCUUUGAGAUCCUCAAAAACACCGGUGAGAAGCGACACUAGCUCUAAAACCUCUCUGGCAGAGUUUCUGAGUAUGAAGAACUCCAGAAUCUAGAGCUAAUCAGACUCUCUCUGAACCGUGUAGGAGGGUUCAGGACCCAAGGGAGGCACCUCCCGCUGAUAUGCGCCCCCUUCUCUCUCAGCGUGCCCUGCUCACAGAUCCAGGCUGGGGUUGGAGUGGACCUUCCUAAGUGACUUCACAGCCAGACCUCCAAGGUGCUCUGAGAGGGGAAAUCCACUAAACCGUCACCUAAGUCCCGCCCCCUUGCGGGAGAAACUGAAGGAAGAGGAAAUGGUUAACAGCUCCGUAUACUGACUUCACACUGUAGAGAAGGGAGCAUGGCUUUUGGAACCUGGGUUUAUUCUGUGUGAGACUUGGCUUCCUAGUCUGUAAAAUGGAUGCUAAAACCCCACCUUAUUGGGAAGUACUGAGUAAGAUAAAGCCAAGCACAGUGUCUGAGUGGUAGAGUGGUCUCUGGGCUUGUAGCAUCACCUGGGAACUUGUUAGAAAGGCCAAUUCUUGGACUCAGCUCUACACUUAAGGAGUCAGCAACACAGGUGGGGCUCAGCAAGCUGUGUUUCAACAAGCCCCUGGGGGUAAUUGGAUGCCUGCUAAAGUUUGAACACCAUUGCAAUGGGUGUUAGUUUGUAAUCCCCUGAUGAGCGUUCUGUAAGUCUAUAGCCUCUCUAGGGGCUGCUCCGUCUUUAGUGUCAUUCACAGAAGGUCAAGGACAGACUGUGUCCCAGAAAUAAAAGAAAGAAGGUGCGUGGGGGCCGUUUCGUGUCAAUGCUUCCCGGAGCAAUUUCCCACCAGUUGAAUAAGAGAUGUAACAGAAUCAGCCCGUUAGAGGGCAGUGUUGCCUGCUCAUUGUAGAAAGUGGUACAGAAAGGAAUGUGAAUUUAGUGAAAAUUGACCUUUAUUACCUUUUCUAAAAACCUCCAGACCAUGUUUUUUUAAUUAUUUAUUUUAAGUUUAUUAUUUAAUUACUGUUUAUUAUUAACAUUUAAUUUUAUUUAACCACAUUAGAAAAUAAUAGGAAUAGCAAGUUUCCAAAUGGGAGACUACUGAGAUUCUUUUCAGGAGACUUAGUUGAGUUUGCCUUUCUAAGGUGGGCCAUGAGCUGUAAACAGUAUUGUGUUCCUUAAAUAAGUCUCCUUCAGAGGGAAAUUUUUUCCCUGUGUUUUGAAUGAUCCUUUUAAGUAAAUGAGGGUAGUUCUUUUCUUCUCUCUCUCUUUUUUUUUUUUAAGUUGCUGUUCUUUUUAUAAGUAAAUGAGGGAAGUUCUGAAUAAAGAGACCAGGAGCUGAAUUUAAGCCUCAUAAAUGGAGGCUUGACUUGUCAAUAUAGAAAUGAUGCGAGCAUAGCUAUCCUGAAGGUAACUGGCCAGCAGAUAACACUUGACCUGAAAGGCCCUCCCUAUUUAGUUCAGGGGAAAGAAAACCCAAGUAGAGGCAUAUGAAGGAAACACUAGGAAGCCUGAUGCCCUGCGAAGUUGGGUCUUAGGAGUGACAAAGUAGCUUGUGUUCUGAUGAUGGUGUGUUAUAUUUUUGCUUUGGAACCUGUAAGAGAUCUGUAAGCUGUCUCUAAGAAAAUACUUCCAAUUUCUUCUAUUUCUAUUGCUACCACUGUAUUGCUAAAAAAUAUGUUAAAAAGUCUUUGGGAUCACACAGAUACCCAAGCUAGGUCGAAUUAUGUAAUUAUCUAAUGUGAUUUAAAUUUACCCAGUUGACCCCCAUGCUUACCAAUGAUGGCAGUGUGUCUGAGGAAGUGUAAUUUCAGUGCUGGGAGAGGAGUUGGUGUUUCUAUAUUUUUAUUUUUCCUAAAAUGACAAUUGAUUUGUAUCCUUAUUUAUUUUGAAAUUGGUACCUUAAAAAAAAAAAAGGUGUCAAAUUUCUUAGGUUACCUUGCCCAAAUGGUAGCAUUUUAGAUCACCAGAAUGUACUUCACAUUGUUAUAUUAUGUUAUGAAGGAAGGUACAAUCACUGCCUAACUCCAUCUUGUAUUAAAGCUUAAGUCUGAAUUAUUCUUCCAAAUGCCUGAGCUGUUCCUUAGAAAUAAACCGGGCACUUUUGGAAGCAGCAGCAGAGACCAUUUCAUAUCAUUAGGGUAUUUUGACUGUACCAGUGUCUUAAGCUCAUGAAAUUAUUAUUUUAGUGGCCCACUGUACAUCUAAGGAAGGGUGUCUACUUUGGAACAGUACUUUGCACAUUAUAGGAGCAUAGUAAAUGUAUUUGAAUAAUUUAAUAAACUGUUUAGCUGUAUUAAUAGGAGUUUGUUUUGACAGAGAAAGAUCGUUCUCUUUUGUGUCUGUUAUAGAGAUGGAAGCCUCUACCAGGAUUUAAGUCAAGUUUAGUUAAAUGGAUCCUAGAGACAAGUAUUUUAUUUAUUUCUUUUGUGGGAAUGUGAAUAAGGCUUUUUCCUUAAGGCCAUCGUUCUGUAAACAAACAGACUGAAAUGGUAUGUUGUAAAGAGAAGGAGAGAAAGGGGUAUUUAGAUUACAAGUGUACUUCAGAACAAUAUCCGAGUUGGAAAAAUAAACACGUUCAUAUUGAAGGUUUAAGUGCUUCUGCUGGUUUCCGGGGUUUACAAUAUCGUUUGGAUUGUUUUCUUUUACAAGAAAGGAGUUUCUUUUGGUUCUGCAUCUCAAGGAUUCAAUAAAACUACAUUCUACUCUAUUAAAAAAAAAUAAUCCUUAACAGACAUUCUGAUCCUAAUCACUUCGAUGCAUUUGUCCUCAGGUGCCUGUCAUUUCCAGUGUGGCAAAUGUCAGUGUCCAGAGUAUUUACUGGGAGGAGAAAAAGGGAAGAGUGAUGUAGAAGCCACCCGAGAUCAGAUAUGUCAAGCCAUUUGUCAACGAUAUAUUUCUCAGUCGAUGCCUUGGUAUGAAGUGAAAGUAGAAGGAAUGAUAUUGUGCAGAGAGAAAUGGGAUAUAUUUAAAUUCAGAGGUUUGUAACCUCCUAAUUUUUUCCCCACUGUAGCAAAAUCAGUCCUUUCCCUUUACUGAAAUAAAUUGCCCAUUUCUCUUUCUUUUCAAAAAAUUUUUUAUGAUUCUUAAUCUUUUGAUUUUGUUGAA